AUUAUAAGAUAUCUCCACAUCCUCUUCUUCUCUCUCGACUUCUCUUCCAUCUCUUCUUCUCUUUGUCUUCCUCUUCUUCUUCCCCCACCAACCGUCUCUUUCUCUCCCCAAAUCUUUCAUCAUGUCUCGUCCUCAGAACAUUGGCAUCAAGGCCAUUGAGCUUUAUGUCCCUAGCCAGUAUGUUGAUCAGGUUGAGCUCGAGAAGUUCGAUGGCGUUAGUGCCGGAAAGUACACUAUUGGUCUUGGCCAGACCAAGAUGAGCUUCUGCGACGACCGUGAGGACAUCUACUCUUUCGCCCUUACUGCUACCUCCAAGCUCCUUAAGAACUACAACAUCGACCCCAACUCGAUUGGUUACCUCGAGGUCGGUACCGAGACUCUUCUCGACAAGUCCAAGUCCGUCAAGAGUGUUCUUAUGCAGCUUUUUGGCGACAACACCAACAUCGAGGGUGUCGACACUAUCAAUGCUUGCUACGGUGGUACCAACGCUGUUUUCAACGCCAUCAACUGGGUUGAGUCUUCCGCUUGGGACGGUCGCGAUGCUAUCGUUGUUGCCGGUGAUAUUGCUCUCUACGCCAAGGGCAACGCUCGCCCCACUGGUGGUGCUGGUGCCGUCGCUCUCCUGAUCGGCCCCAACGCCCCCAUUGUUGCCGAGCCCGGUCUGCGUGGUACCUACAUGCAGCACGCCUAUGAUUUCUACAAGCCCGACCUUACCAGCGAGUACCCCUAUGUUGAUGGCCACUACUCCGUCAACUGCUACACCAAGGCCCUCGAUGCCGCUUACCGCGCUUACUGCAAGCGUGAGGCCAAGCAGGCCACUAACGGCACCAACGGUGCUUCCAACGGUGACGACUCUACCAAGACCAGCCUCGACCGCUUCGACUACCUUGCUUUCCACUCCCCUACCUGCAAGCUUGUCCAGAAGUCUUACGCUCGUCUCCUCUACCACGACUACCUCGCCAAUGCCGACUCUCCUGCUUUCGCCGAGGUCGCUCCUGAGCUCCGUGACAUGGACUACGAGAAGUCCUUGACCGACAAGGUUGUUGAGAAGACCUUCAUGGCCCUCACCAAGAAGCGUUUCCAGGAGCGUGUCAACCCCUCUAUCCAGGUCGCCACCAACUGCGGUAACAUGUACUGUGGCAGUGUCUGGGGUGGUCUUGCCAGUUUGAUCAGCGUUGUCGACAACAAGGCUCUUGAGGGCAAGCGAAUUGGUCUCUUCAGCUACGGAUCUGGUCUUGCUGCCAGUUUCCUGUCUUUCCGCAUCAACGGCAGCGUUGAGAAGAUCUCCAGCGUCCUCAGCAUCCCUACCCGUCUUGAGGCCCGCCGCGCUGUCCCCCCUGAGACUUACGAUGAGAUGUGCAACCUCCGAAAGCAGGCCCAUCUCCAGAAGGACUACACUCCCAAGGGUGAUGCCUCUACCAUCGCCCCUGGUACUUACUACCUUACCAAGGUCGACGACAUGUUCAAGCGCGAGUACGCUAUCAAGGAGUAAAGAUCAUCCUUUGAAAAUCUAAAGAAUCCUUGCUCGAACAACUUUUUAUACGAGACAUUUUUCGCUUCUAGACUUGGUUCCAUUACAGCUAUGGACCGGGCAGUAAGCAUAUCAUGAACAUGAUGACUUCAAUGGGAGAAAACUUAGACGCACAGGGAAGAAGAAUACAGCGGAUGAUGAUAGAAGCGCAAUUCGCGCAGUGGAGAUUGACAUCAAGGUCCUCUAAUUGAGCUAAUAAUGAUGGGCAUUAUGGCUUGUGGAAGUACUGGGCCCCGUCUCUCCUGGGAGAUUUACGAGGAAGUUUGUCAAGGCCCGUACCAUAUAGACCUGGUCAUUUGGCGCUUAGAAGAGUUUACGAUACUUGGAAUAUAAAAAAAAGUAUUUCAAUCGA